ACGGGAACCGUUUGCCCGAUUUCAAUUUUUCUUCCGACCGCACGUCCUCCGUGUCGAAGUGUCCUUCGACGCUGUUGCCGACGAGGAGAAGUUGCCGUUUCUCGAAGAAAGAGAUCUUAAAAAGGAACGAUCUCUCGGCGCGAUGCGCAAUGAACGUUUUUAUUGAAGAAGCGGAAGCGAACGCGAGUGUGCAUUUCUAAAGGAAGGAAAAAGGAUAUUGAGGAAGAAGAAGAAGAGAGGAGGGGGAGUCCGUGUCUGUGCAUGUGUGUGUGUGUGUGUGUGUGAGUUUGUGUACAAAAGGAAUGUGAAGCGACAACGCCGGAUGGAUCACCGUCGAAUAAACAAUUCUAUUCGCGCUGCUCUCACGAUGCGAGGCAACGCGAAUUUUCCCCGGUGAAAUGGCGAAUCCUUAAACGGAGGUGGGAAUAUAUCGGCGGGAUAUCGGUGUCGCGCGUCCACAAAGGCUCAGACUACGGAUUUCCAAGAUGAAGCGCCCUGCGGACUCCGCCGAGGAGACGCGCAAGAACGAUCUCGGCCGCGAUCGCACGGGGAAUCACGUCAGAUGGAGGCUUUAAGAUACCGCGGAUUCGGCGGCGUCGCAAGAACGUCAAUCUCUUCCGCUACGGACCUGCACGCUUCCGGGAAAUGGACGAGGCUGGAUUCCGGAAACGACAGGUGUGGGCGGAACAUCCAAGUCGCCAGGAUGCAGGAACGACGGGAUUCCAGGUGCGCAGGGUAGAAUGAAUCGUCCGGAAGACCCGCUGUUGCAGCAGCAUCGCAGCCGUUUGCUGCAACUGGCCGAGGCUACGAACAUCAAGCCCGGGCAUGGCAGCGGGAAGAGACGAGGGCAGAGACAGUCGCACGGUUUCAGGCCCAGUAACGGCGGGCCCGGCGCGGGAAGUCGCCGGACGCUCCAAGAUAUCGUCAGGAGCGAUCCUGGAUACACGCCGAACAUCGAGCACUUAGUGUUUCCGGAGCGCAAGAGCAGUAAUCCGAAUUUGGCCGGCGUCGUCGAUGGCUCGCCGCCAAAUAAGCCGAAGUCAAAUGCGACGAGCUCGGGAAGGUCCAGGCUCGCCGAGGUCUUCGCCCGGCACUACGCGCGAGGAUCCUCGCAGGACUCGUCCGUUACGUCCAGGAAGAAUCACGUGAAUAGCACGUCGCUGGAUGGUGGGAGCACGAUAGGUCAUCAGCCGGGACCCGGUGGGCCCACGGUGGUGACACGAAGCGCCGGGCGCCGUUGGCUGUCGCAGAACUCGCAGUCCUCGAGGCAGCACUCGGCCGAAGAUGGGGUACGUGGGGGUAGCGUGGGCGUCGGAGGGCCCGUUUCGACCUCGUCCUCGAGCCAAGCUCCCGGUCAGGCCGCACCUCCCGCCCUGCCGCCGCGGAGAGUCAGUCCGGCCGCGGAUACAACCGAGAUCGGCAGCGCGGGCCCCAUCUCGCGCGUCGACAGGGGCCCGAACAUGUCGAUCCUCCAUCUUCGCAACACGGCGGACCCCUGGGAGGUCGGCUCUCAAGGUUCCUCGUACAGCGUCAGCAGCAACAAGAGUCAGACUGGCAGCAGAGGGAAAUCCGGUGGGAGCGCGCGCGGCUCCUACAACCGCGGCAGUUCGAUACCUUCCUUGAAACGUCACGAUACAUCCACGUCAACCACGUCGACGUCGGGUCUCAAGCAUCGCCAGGACGGCCAUGGUCAAAUCCCCGGCUCCCGACGGCGCGAGGCCACGAACUCCUUCCUGUCGGGCAACAGCGGCACGUCCGGCGAGCUCUUCAUCAGCGGCAACUGCAGCCGCGAGUUGUCGCCCGUGCGAUGGUGCGACCAGGAGGUCGACGGCGUCUACCUGGGCCGGUCCGGCUGGGUGCAGGUGCAGCAGCGGUCGUUGGACGAGAAUCGUCGGUCGAACUACGACAACCUGGUGAACGCCACCACCGGCACCCUGCCUUUGCCGCGGCGGGCGGCGGUGAAGUUGGCGGACUACCAUUGCAACAGCGAGCCGGGCAAGUGUCCGUUGGAAUUCUCCAGGCUGGACUCCCAGAGGCCGGACUUCCUCGCUCUGCACAACCAGGACUACGACUCGAUAACCACCAGCGCGUGCACGUCGCCUCACAACAUCCCGGAGUCCUUCUCGCCGCCGUCGGUCACGCCGAUCAUAUCGCCGCCGCCGGCGUUCCAGGACCAGGUCGGCAGGAAAUCCUCUUCCCGGCAUUCCGGGCGCAGCAGUUACGGCAAGGCGCCCUUCCUGCCGCGAUCGAACGCCAUCGUCGACAGCGAUAUCAUCAGCCCGCCGCCGUCGCCGCCGCCGCACCAGGUCAACUGGAGCUCCUUGCCGUCCAGGAAGAAUUCCGCCUCGGCGUCCGCCAGGUCGAAGCGGCAGAACUCCAGCCAGCAGCAGCAGCAACAGCAAUAUCGCAUGGCGCAGGCGAAGUCCCUGGAGGACCAGUCGUCCUCGAGGAGGACGCAAUUCGCCCAGAGGUACAUCGAAUCCUCCAGCUCGUCGUCGUCGUCGAUGGGAUUCAGGAGCCUCGACAGCUGCGUUACCAAGUCCGUAAUGCCCAGCUUGGCGGAGAACACGGAUUCCUCGGUGGAAGGAUAUGACGACGGUGACGAAGACGACAAUCCCAGUUCCUCCUUAAAUCUCAGCCUGGUGUCGUCAUCGGCUGUCGCGUUGAACUCGUCCACAGAGUCGAUCCGCGCCAAUGGCGAACGGAUUUCACCCAACAGACAAGGGAGAAUCCACAGAAGCCAACAGGGGCUGAAAAGGUCGCCGGGGUCUUCCGAGUCGGGAAAACAGAUGUUCAAUUCGCCCUCCUCGUCGUCUUCUUCGUCGAGCAGCGAGGGACGACAAGGACGAUCGUCCACGCCUAAUCCAUUCCGAAGAGUUAAUAUCCCGAGGCAGCAUCAAAGUGCCAGGACCAAUCAGGUGUCACCUGACUCGCAUCAGUCUCGAGUCAGAAGGUCCAGGAGUCUUCAGUUACCAGAGAAACGGUCACCGGGAGCGGGAGCGACUGGCGCACAGAGGGAUCACUCGAACGAAGCUCACAGGGUCGUCGUGAAGAUCGUGAAUGAUCGAGGAGGCGAGAGGUCCAAGCGUCAUGUUCUUCAAAACCGGAAAGCUCAGUCCACCGACGACGCCGUGAACGAGAAUCUUCUGCGCGAGGCGGAAGUGGUGACCGAGUACCUGUACGGCACGCGAAGUCGCGCUGCGGUGAGAAGCCUGAUGUCGACCCGCUACGAGCGUCGCGAGGAGAGUCAAGAACAGAGGCGAGGCAAUUCCAACAACACCUACGACGUCUACAUCAUAUCCUCUAAGCAGCCGCAGCAGCAGCCGCCGCCGAAAGUGCCCAAUCCGGCGCAGCAACAGCAGCAACAGCAACAAUCCCGGCGGCCGCGCACACUACAGAGAGGCGCGACGACGCCGAACACGAACACGCCGUCCGCCAACCAAGACUUCUGCAUGAGCCCUGACACGAAGCUGCGCUGCAACAGCAGUACGUGCGACUUCUGGCCUCACUGUUCCCAGAGAGAAAGUCUCUACUCGCCGAAUCAGGCGCCGGUCUUCAUGAAGCUGUCGCAGAGCUAUCCGGCGCAUCAGCGGCUCUCCACCGACGCCGGCAGCCACCGGGGCAGCGCCAGUUCUUCGCCGGCUUCCUUGGAACGGAUGGACGAUCGGGAGCUCCGCGAGAGGGACAACUCGCGGAAGAGCAGGAGCAGCCAGCAGAGCAACGCCAAGUUUCAGGAGAAACCCAAGGGCGUGCUGAAGCAGGCUAAUAGGUGGUCGCCGUUGGAGGGGACCAACGGCAACGGCUCCGGGGUGGAGAAGAGGGAUCAGAUGCAUCACCGGGUGUACCGGAAGCCCGAGUACCCGGGCGCAUUCGAGAGCGCCGAUAACAAGGACAGGAAGGUGUCGCCCAUUCAAGGGAUGAACAUCAGCCGAUCGCCCAGUGGUCCGAUCGCUUCCUCGUCGACGAAUACCCUGUCAUCCUCCAGCAGUGACAUCUGGGUCACCACGUCGGACCGCACGGUGACGAAGAGCCCGCGGAACGCGAAGAGCUCCGGCGCGUCCACGCCGAUGGAAGACGCCGUGAUCGGUUCCCUGAAGACGCUGAUAGAGCCGCCGAAGGACGGCACGCUGUCCAGGCCCGGUAGCGCGCCCACCAGGGGCGAGGAUUCCCUGACGAGCGACGUCGCCUUGGAUCCUCACCAGCGAUCCUUGUCGCUGCCGAAGUCCUUCCUGGCGCACAACACGACGAACAGCAACAAUAAGUCAGGAUCCUGGCAGCGCGGGCAGGAUUCCCAGCGAUCCAGCCCUAGUCCCAGCAGGCCCCAUCGCGCGCAGGAAGCGGCCACACCUCACACAGCUCCCGUUUCCCCUUUGCACGAUCACAGGACGAGUGGCCACGCCGGGAGGGAAAGAAGGCGAAUCCCCGGUCUCAGCAAGGCUCAACGGCGCAUCAAAGCGUCGAGCACUCCGGCUCUUUUGGACAGGGAUCAUGACAGCCGACACUGGUCCGGCGAUGAGGAGGACGAAGGAACGACCGGCCAUGUGACUACUGAGCAUCCCUUGACCGAGGCGACGAUUCCUCUGGUCAGUCAUUCCAGGCUGCAGGAGCCGUCGUCCGCCCUGAAUGUCGCCAAUGUAUCCACCGGCGGAAGCCAGAACGCGCAUCGCACGGGCGCGCCGAGCCAGCAGGAGAGCGUGUUGCAGAAAUUCCGUAAGAGCUUCUCGCUGAGGUUCCACAAAAAAGGCAGCAAAGAGAGCAACGAGGAGUGUCCUGCCGAGGAUAACGACGGCUCCGGACUGUUGGAUGAGGAGGAGGAGAGGGAAACGCCCCCUGUAACCUCCGAGCAAAGCAACCAUCACAAGGACGAUCCUAGCAAUGACCAGAAAUUCCGGUUCGGCCCACUCGUCUGGAGGAGCAGCAAGGAGAGGAAGAAGGGCAACAAAGCAGCCCGAAAUGCGAAAUGCAACAGCGGAGACAGCGGCAUACAGAUCGAGAUGGUAUCUGGUGGAGCGUUGACUGGGGGUAGCGGCGGAGGAGUGAUGGGGGGUGGUGACAGCUCCGAGUCCCAUGAUACGGACGACAUCCCCGACGACACCGACAGCCCUCCGGCCCUUCGCAGGCGAGUCGCCGAUAAAUCGCGACCCCAGUCCGAGCUCAUCAACCAGAUACUGAUUGACAAGUUCAAGGCGGAUCUGCAGAGCCGCACGUCGCGACAUAAUCACGUGCGCCGCACGAACAGCGAUCUAGGGGGCCAGAGGCUGCUCCAAUGGGACACCAGAUCGGGAUACGUUCACAAUUACCGCAGGAUGCUGUCGACCCCGUCGCCGAUCAAGACGAGGCCGCCCAGACUCAGCCCGAGGCAUUCCUCCCAUGAUAUCGUUACGCUCAGAAGUAACGCGAAAGGGAGGAGUUCUCGGACAAAUUUGAGACGGUCGCUCAGCCAGCCACUGGGAAUCAAUCAGCUCUCGCCGCUGAUGCGCACCAAAACUGCAGGCGUGAGAUUGCCCGGUGGCAACGUGCUGUCCGAGGACGAGCAGGAUGGUAGAGCCGGCACAUCCGACGACGAGAUGAUGUCCGACUCCGAAUCCUCGGUCGCCUCGUUGACUGACAGGAAGAAGUCGCUCGAGCAGACGAUGGACGAAGACGUCGCUAUCUUGGCUGAGGCUGUUUGGGACCACGUGGCAAUGGAGACGGAGGAGCUGGCUUUUCGCGCCGGGGACGUGAUCGACGUCCUCGACACGUUGGACAAGGAUUGGUGGUGGGGCAGCUGCAGAGGAAUGCACGGAUGGUUCCCGGCCGCUUUCGUCAGGUUACGAGUGAACCAAGAGGAGACGGUGGAAGAUUGCCUGGCCGCGAUGGCCUCGGGAGUAUCCUCGGCCACCCAGCUGAGGAGACGCACGAGCGUGUCCCUCCUGUCGAACGAGCAGGUGAGGACCAGCGUGGUCCGCGAGCUCGUCCAGACCGAGCGCGACUUCGUGAAGGUCCUGCGCGACGUCGCCGAAGGCUACGUCGCGGAAUGCCGCAGGCACACGGACAUGUUCACCGAGGAGCAGAUCGAGACGAUCUUCAUCAACCUCGAGGAGCUGCUGGACUUCCAGUCCGAGUUCCUGAAGGACCUCGAGGCCUGCAUCGAUUGGAACGCGCCGCACAAAAGCUGCGUCGGCGAGUGCUUUCUGAAUCACUUCUUUCAGACUAACGAAAAAGGUCGAAGAAUCGGAAGUAAUUCUAGGGCCGGCUUCCGCAUGUAUUCCGAGUAUUGCAACAGCCACCCGAUGGCGAUGGCGACGCUGCAGGAGCUCUACCAGCACAAUCGUUACAGCAAGUUCUUCGAGGCCUGCCGGCUGAUGAGGGGUCUCAUCGAGAUCCCGUUGGACGGAUAUCUGUUGACGCCCGUGCAACGGAUAUGUAAAUACCCCCUCCAAUUGGCGGAGCUGCUGAAGUAUACGAAAACGGAUCAUCCGGAUUAUCACAAGAUCCAAGAGGCGCUGGAGGCGAUGCGGGGCGUCGCGGUGCUCAUUAACGAGAGGAAGAGGCGGAUGGAAAGUUUAGAGAAACUGGCCGCCUGGCAAAUGCGCGUGGAAGGCUGGGAGGGUGAGGAUCUCAUAGAAGUUUCGUCGCAACUGAUUUACCAAGGUGAAGCGAUGAGAGUGACGACCGGCAUGUGGACGAACAACAUCAUUCUAUUCCUCUUCGAUCAUCAACUGGUCUACUGCAAGAAGGACAUUCUCAAGCGCAAUACUUACGUCUACAAAGGCCGCAUUUAUCUCGACACUAGCGAGGUCAUCGAUGUGCCCGAUGGAAAAGAUCUUCAAUCGGGCGUGACGGUGAGGCAUUGUUUGAAGGUGUAUAGCUGUGUGCGGGACAAGUGGCUGCUAUUCUGUUGCCGCACAGCGGACGAGAAGCGACGGUGGCUGGCGGCAAUGGCCGAGGAACGAAGAUUGGUGGCUCAGGACAGGAACGACGGAUUAGAGUUUCCGGCUGCGGCCAGGCAGCUCGCCAGGCUGGCCGCCAGCAGGCAGCAAAACAGGCCGCCGAUUAAACCUCGCAAUAAAACGUACAAGAGGGAAUCGACAUACGAGAUGCCUACGAUGGUCGCGCAGGGCACCACGAACUCGCUGGGACGGAAAGUCGGGACCUGGUUCACGUUCGGUAGCAGCAAGAAGAGCACGCGGCUUCAACCGUCCUGAGACAGGCCUACCUUCGUGCCGUAUAUUGACUUGUAAAGCUGCGGCUUACGGCGCUGCGUCGUCCUGUCGGAAUCUCGGUGCACUUACCGAUUACUCCGAACUAACAUAGAAACUUGCUCGGGCGGGCGUUCGAGCACUCGAAGAAUCAGGGUAAACAUUGUUCGCCACGUGCAAUUGCAGUCUCGGUCGAGUCGUUUACGCUCAGCGAGUCAGGCGUACCUGUCAAGCUGUAAGCUAGGGUUCCUCGGCACCGGCGACGAACAGCGCACCGUCAUAUGUACGGCACGAAGGUACUUAGUGUUAUUAUUUACUC